ACGAUUUUUUUCAAAGAAAAUAAAGCUUUUUCUAAAAUUAAAAAAAGCAGAGUUUUAGAUUAAACCAUUGUCUUUAAAAUGUGAUCUUGUUCAUCAAAAUCGGUCAAGAAUUACGCUUGUUCUCAUUCUUCGCGUAAACCAUUAUAGAAGAAGGGAUGAAUAAACCGCUUUAAGUACUUUCCUUCCAGUUGCUUCAGAUCUGUGAUGCGUAGAGGUUAAAUGUCACAUUUGUCAUUCUUUAUCUUUAAUCAUUCCUAGAUAUUAAAUAUAUAAAGGAAACUAUUAAAAGAAAAUAUUUUAUUUGAACGUAUCAAUUGAAAAGAUGGAUUUGCCUACACUAAUUGCAUUUGAUUUCGAUCAUACAAUUGUUGAUGAUAAUACUGAUUUUGUGGUUCGUGACUUAUUACCAAAAGAUCAAUUAACUGAUGAGGUACAAAAUUUAUAUCGUACAGAUGGAUGGACUUUAUAUAUGAACAAAAUAUUUGAAUUACUUCAUCAGAAUUCAAUUGGAUUACAAGAAAUAGAAGCAUCUAUUAUCAAUAUAUCACCAAGUCCAGGAUUCGAUGUUCUUUUAAAAUUAUUACAUUCUCUUGGAUAUGAAAUAAUUAUUAUCAGUGAUUCCAAUUCAUUAUUAAUAGAUAUGUGGUUGAAGAGUAGAAAAUUGGAUAAUUUAAUUACUAAAGUAUUUACAAAUCCUGCGCACAUUUCUGACGAUGGUAUGAUAAAGAUAAAGAUGUAUCAUGUUCAAGAUUUUUGUAAACUAAGCAUGAUCAAUUUAUGUAAAGGUCAUAUAUUAGAAAAUUACAUUAAGGAAAGAUUAGAGGCAGGAAUUCAUUUUAAGAGAAUUGCAUAUGUCGGAGAUGGAAAGAAUGAUCUCUGUCCGGUAUUGCGUUUAUCAGAAAAUGAUUUAGCAUUUCCCAGAAUGAAUUAUCCGCUUUUAAAAAAAUUAAAUGAAUAUAAAAAUAAUGAGAGCUGUAAAGUAAAAGCAACAAUUAUUCCUUGGUCCAAAGGAUCUGACAUUUUAAAUAAUUUACAAGAAUAAAUUAAAAUAUAGUAUAAUAAAAUCUACGUAAACUGAA